AUGGCGUUCUCCCCUGAGGACCACUGGUCGCAACAACAGCAGCAGCAACCGCAGCAUUACUCCGGAUAUCCUAUGAUAGAGCCGUCUGUCUUCCCUCAGUACGCCCCGCAGCGGACGCAGUAUGAUCCCAAGACAAACCAGUAUGACCCGAGGACCGUCGUCACCUCCGGUCCCCUCGUCGCCCCUCAUAUGGCUCCUCACUACGUGACGGCACCCGCCUAUGGUGUAUCACCCGUAUCGAACAUGGAACCUCACUUCCCCGUCCAGGCCCACUACAUCUAUGGCCAGUACGACCAGCCGGCGGGCCACCUGGCCAUGCCUUACUCUCGCAUGAGCCCCCAACAAGAGCGCCUCGGUCUCCCCAUGUUGCCCCAGAUUCCCCAGCAGCCCAUCCAAGGACACCAGCGUCAACAACGGAGCCUUUCUGCCGCCGGGAGUGCUCCCAAGACGCCAGACCCUAUGAACACGAAGGAGAUCACCUACAACAAACCUGUCAUGACAGACGAUGUCGUCUUCACUACCCCUAUCGAUGUCAUGAUGAAGGCCCUCCAGAAGAGGAAGGACAAGGAAGACCUCGCCAGCAGCAACUCUUCAGAGGCUGGUGCCUGCAGCGUCAAGUCCGAGCCGUUUUCGCCCCAUCCGUCUGCCACUGAAUGCAGCCAGGAGGCCACCGACAAGGCGAAGAAAUACAGGUGUCCCUACGAUGGCUGCCCCAAGAGCUUCCAGCAGAGCACGCAUCUGGAAACCCACAAGCGUGCUCACACUGGCGACAAGCCUUACCCUGGAAACCUCAAGACACACACCCGCCUUCACACAGGCGAGCGCCCUUUCGAGUGCGAGAUGUGCGGGGCCUGCUUUGCCCAACGCGGCAACCUGACGGCACACAAGGAGACGCACAGCAAGACCAAGCCUUUCAUCUGCAAGCUUGACAACUGCAACAAGUGCUUCACGACCCGAGGAAACCUCAAGAACCACCAGAACAAGUACCACAAGGACACCAUUGGUCGGCUCGUGGACUGGAUCAUCUCUCUUACGGACGUCGACGCGUUGUCGCCCAAAGACCGCGACCUGCUCUGGUACUUUUCCAACAUCUAUAAGAACAGCAACAAGGGCAUCAAGGGUCGUGGCCGAGACCGCCGGGUCAGCGAGGUCCGUAUGGGCAAGACGAAGCUCUCCUCGCCCGGCAUGGGCCUCCCCCGAUCAAAGAUGCUCGACUCGUCCUUCUCCCGCCUGGGACUGGGCUUCUGA